AUGGAUAACACAACUAAGAUUUGGUCGUUUGUGCUGGCUGCCUAUGGUAACAUUGGAGAGUUAAAAUACUUGUAUUUCAGUGCAAUGCUGUUCUGGUAUCUCUCAAUUUGUGCUGCCAACACAGUUCUUAUUGUUGUCAUAUAUGUUGAUAGAAGACUGCAUGAACCAAUGUAUAUAUUACUCUGCAACUUAUCUGUCAAUGAAAUGUUUGGCAGCACAUCACUGUAUCCUCUAAUGCUCUCACAGAUGUUUUCAGACACUCAUGAAGUGACCCUGCCAUGGUGUUUUCUGCAGAUGUGCUGCAUCUACAUAUCUGCAUCUGUUGAGUUUUGCAGUUUAGCAGCCAUGGCCUACGACAGGCAUGUCUCAAUCUGUUAUCCUUUACGUUACAACAUCAUUAUGAACACAGGGAGAUUAGUUUCAAUAGUUGUGAUCAUAUGGCUGUAUUCAAUAGCAAGUUUUAUAUUCUCAUUUGCAUUCAUCACAAACCUACAUUUUUGUGGAAAUGUGAUUGAGAAAGUCUUCUGUGAUCACCACUUAUUGAUAAAGCUUGCAUGCUCCAUUUCAACACCUAAUAACAUCUCUGACCUGCUUUUUGCCUUGGUAACUAUUGUCAUCCCAUUUAGUCUCAUUUCAGUCUCUUACAUGAAGAUUUUGGCUGUUUGUCUGAAUACUUCUAUAGAAAACAAGCAAAAAGCUUUGACUACCUGUACACCUCAAAUUGUUUCAGUGUCAAACUUGUUUGUUGGCUGUAUUUUUCAUUUUGUUGAUUCCAGAUUUCAUGUUGCCCAUGUACCUGAAAAAGCACGCAUUAUUUUAUCCGUGUAUCUCCUCAUCUGCCAGCCGAUUAUCACCCCCUUUAUGUAUGGAUUCAAGCUACCAAAGAUCAGGGAUGCCUUCCAAAAAUAUUUUGUUCAUAGAAAACAAAUGAUUUUUUAG